AUGGCUUCAUCAAAGUUGACGCAGUCUGCAUUGCUUCCUCAUAUCCACCUCUUGUGUAUGGACUCGCAAGCCUCUAUUGCCUGGGAAAAUGCCGUUCAGCACUACAAACUGAGUUCAUCACCUCACCUACAAUACACGAUCCACGAGUCCAGCCUCUCACAGCUGCCCGCGGAUCUCACCUUUGACGCCGUGGUCUCGCCGGCCAACUCGUACGCCAUCCUAGACGGGGGUUUCGACGACGCCAUCUCGCGGGCCUUUUCGCCCCGAGACGACUAUGCCGCCCUGACGCGGCACGCCCAGGCCCACAUCUACACGACGCACCGCGGCUACCUGCCGCCGGGCCACUGCCAGCUCGUGAGCAUGCCCGGCGAGUGGCGCGAGGCGCGCCGUCUCCGCUACCACGACGGCGCCGGCUGGGGCUGUCGGUACCUGGCGCUGUGCCCGACGAUGCGGACGCCGGCGCCGUGCGGGCGCGAGGUCGUGUACGCCUGCGUCUGGUCGCUGCUCGGGGCGCUGGAGCGGCACAAUGAUGCGGUGGCCAGUGGUCAGGGGGACGCGGGCGAGGAGACGGGCCGGGCUGCUCGGAUCGAAAGUAUCCUCAUGACGCCGCUGGGCACGGGGGCCGGCCGCGUCAGCUAUGAGCAGUGGGCGCGUCAGGCGGUCCUGGCGGUCAAGCACUGGCUAGAGAGCAUGGAGAACCCGGAGCGCUGGAUGAAGAGAGAUUGGGCCGAUUUGGCGAGGAUCGAGGCCGAGUUGAAGUUGACACAUGGGCUUUGA